AAAAACUGGACUGGUGGUCAGCCUAGUUACUUAUCUGCAUGGGAAGGCGGCAAACUGCAUCCUUACCAACUGGAGGGUGUUAGGUGGUUGCGGCACUCCUUUUAUCAGCGCACCAACGCGAUUCUCGCUGACGAGAUGGGCUUAGGAAAGACCGUGCAAGUCGUCGCUAUGCUAUAUGCUUUGUUGAAAGAGGACAAACUUCCUGGCCCUUUCCUUAUUGUGGGUCCUCUCUCCACAACAACGAAUUGGAAACGCGAGUUCUCCUUUUGGGCUCCCGAGAUGCAAGUGAUUUUGUACACUGGUGACCGACAAAAUCGUUCAAUGAUCAAUGAGUACUGCCUCUACCUGAAUAAAUCCUCCAAUAUCCCCGCCUUUCACGCCAUGAUCACCAGCUACGAAAUGGUCUCUUUGGAACGAGCGACCCUGUGUUCUUUUCACUGGCAAACUCUUAUCGUUGACGAGGCCCACCGUUUGAAGAACAAACAAUCACGUCUUUUUCGGGAUUUGUCGUCUUAUAAUGUGGAAUUCAAGAUUCUUCUCACGGGCACACCACUACAGAACAACCUCGAUGAACUGGUGCAUCUUCUCCAUUUCCUGGACCCCAUAAAAUUCAAUGACUUCCACAAUCUAAAUGGACAGUGGGCUACAAUGACCAGAGAGGAGCGUAUGGGUCAUCUGCACAACAUUCUCAAAGGGCACCUCCUACGUCGAAUGAAAAGGGAUGUCAUCAAAGAUCUGCCCAAAAAGACUGAAACCGUCGUUCCUCUUAGUUUGACUCAUCUGCAAAAACGCAUCUACAAACUGGUUCUCACUAAAAACUACGAACAGCUUCGUACGCGCAAUCUGAUGAACACUUUGCUGCACCUGCAGAAGAUUUGCAACCAUCCCUACCUGAUGCCUGCGGGAGAUGAAGUGGCUCCACGGCUCAGCGGAGGGAUUUACGAACCCCGGAAGCUGGUUGAGGCCAGUGCAAAACUCGAUCUUGUCAUGCGAAUGCUGCCGCGCUUGAAAGAGGACGGUCAUCGGGUGCUCAUUUUCUCUCACUUUAUUGGGAUGCUCGAUCUGAUUGAAAUAGCACUGCGUAACGAGGGGUUUAGUUUUGAGCGCAUUGAUGGCUCAAUCAGAGGCACCCUGCGGCAGACCGCAAUUGAUCGAUUCAAUGCCCACAAUGCUACUCCGUUUGUGUUCCUCCUCUCAACCCGAGCUGGUUGCGAAGGCAUUAAUCUCGCUUCUGCUGAUACGGUGAUUCUCUUUGAUUCUGACUGGAACCCACACCGUGACCUCCAGGCUUUGGCGCGCGCCCACCGUAUUGGUCAAUCGAGGCACGUCUUCAUCUACCGUCUGAUAAUGCGUGACACCGUGGAGGAGCGUAUCCUCCAAGUGGCUCACAAGAAGCUUGCUCUGACAAAGGUGGUGAUCGAUGAUGAUCGGAAGGGCGACGGCAGCAAGAAGAUGUCGAAUCUUUUGCGUUUGUCUCACAGUGAGGCACACAAUAUUCUCAAAACCGGCCUGGAAGUUCUUUUUGCGGGGGACGGUGAUGAUGAGGAGGAGGAGGGUGAUAAAGCGGUUAAGCAAGUUGAAAGUGGAGUGGAUCAAAUGAGUAGUACAGCUGGUCAAAUUUCACAGUCCGACCAUGAAGACACUGAUGCUCCUAAACAACAACCACGACCCCAGUCUAUUGUUUACGACGAUGAAGCACUGGCUCGCCUUCUUGAUCGGACUCGCGUGGUGGCCUCUGACGAGUCAGUGGGUGCUGUUGACGAAUACCUGAGCGCAUUCAAUUCGGCGCAUUUCGCAGAGUGUCAGGAAAACCUGACUGUAAAUGGGACUGAUAAAAUCGCCACCACAGCGUCCCAACCAGCCGAUAAACCGGAUGUAGAUCCGAAUGAGAUCAGCCAAUUCUGGGACUCCUUACUAAAAAGGCGGCACGAACGCUUGAUGUCACAGGAGGCUCAGCAACGCAGGUCAGGUGUUUGUCGUAGCAUGGAGAACUGUUUCACAGAUGCCAGUAUGGUCGUUAUCGAAGACUCGGACGACUCCGAUCACCACGGGAGUCCCUCGACCAAUGGGGAUGAUGCGGGCUGUGGUGCCGACGCCGAAGUGGAAUUUGUGAGCCUUGUUGCUGGAACUCGUUCAUUGCUUUUUUCUACGUCGGGAACGCGGACGAAGCCAGAGGUAGUUGAGGAGAACGGUGAUGCCUACGGCCUGGUUCAACGUCGGAAAAGUUGUCGCAGGCCACGGCCUACGGCUGCCUGUCUUUCCACCUUCCAUAAUGUAUCACAAGUGGACGAUGAAGAGAGUGAGACUAGACGUCAAAGAAUAAGUAGGCGUUUUCGUCGCGUCGAGGACAGUGAUAACGAUUUCUGCCCUGAUACAGAGGAGUCCUCUGAUGAAGUCGACAAUGUUGAGGAUGUUGAAACCUGGAUGAGGGGUUCUCACAUGGGCGAGCAGGGCAACUCGUCUGCUCCCACUAGAAACCAAAAUAAGGGGAAGAAACGGAAGCAACUGUUUACGACUAACGACGAUGAACACUUGCAGCGAGCACUUCCAACCCUUGACGAACUUCAGUUGGCGGAAUUGUAUCGUCAAAUCAAUUGGCGUACCGACUCCCACUCAAUCUACGCCACUUGGAAGGACUUUUCUGCUCAGUUAUCUGAAGACGUGGUGUUCAGUGAAGACGGCAAAAUGACGGUCUAUGGUUUCGAUGCCCAUGAUCGCCAGGUGUUUCUUGAAUCUGUUAUGCGGUUUUCAGACUGCCAUGAUUACUUAAUUCUCCUCUCUCUUGUGGUGCGUUGCACCAGCGUACAGAGGCAAAGCCCCGAGCCCAAGUACUCAGACCUUUUGUCUGGCUCGUCGGCGGCCUCCUCCGGCAGUUGUGCAGGCACAUGGCCUCGUGCAAAGAGCUUUUUACUGUACGGACUUCCUCCAAUGGGAAUCCUACCCCCACCGGAGUGGCUUCCCUUCAGUCUUAGGUCGAAACCUCCGCUCAGUUUAUUCGCCUACACGAAUCUUUUUAUGCGCCAUCUAUAUGAAGACCCGAAGGUACUUGACACAGAGACCCUUAGCCAGCCUAAAUUUCCCCCCAGGUGGUCUGAUGGUCUUCCGACGGAGGGUGUAUCUGGCAUCAUGGUGCUCUCUCGAAUCGCCAUGAUAGCUCUCAUCAGAGCCAAGGUGAUUCAGUUUGAAGACUACAACGCCGUUCCCCGUCGCUACAAGAAGACGACUGACAGUAGGUUUCGCUUCGCCAUUCAUGAGGGCGGCUUGACGAUGCUAUCUCUUGUUUGGAAACAAGAGAUGGCCGAAUUAGAGACUCGAUUCGCUCAGGUCCAGACUGAGUCGACAUCACCCCAAACCGGUAAGCAUCGUCUUUUCAGUGUGAUCCUGCGUAAGUGGCACUACCGCCAUGACUUUUGGCUCCUCGCCGGCAUCCAUGCGCAUGGCUACGCGGCUUUCAUGGAAAUUCUUGCGGACAAAAGAUUCAGCAUGGUUCUCCUCGGUCUGGCCGAACGUAUUCUACCGCCUGAGAAAGCCGAUCCCUUUGUUAGGCAAAAGUCAGAUGCCGAUCUCAUUUCGGAGAUGCGUGAGAGUUGCGCGUUCUCCGCCGAAAUCGUUGCCUUCUUGGUGGAUCGUUUGCGAAUGCUCGAGCACGCCCUCCUGGUCGAACAGGCUCUUGCUAGUGUUACUUUGGCUGCACUGGGACAAACCUCGGCCGACUCAACACCCGAGCCUCCAGAGGCUUUGCUGAAGAAAAAUCAGGAGCUCCUCUCCGUUUUCUCCUCUCGUCUAACUCAAAAAGGACCCAUUAAGCGCAUCGAUUUGCCAUCAGAUCCGGAAAUCGCGGAGAAAGUUAAACGGGCCGUAUUCGACCUGCAUUUGCUGCUCGAAGAUUUGUACGCCGAUAUGCCCGGUCUGCCAGCUGCGUUGGUUUGCGAUGGAGUUGAUUUCGCCCAGCCGCGCUUCUUCACCGACUCCGCGCUCAGCCAGCCCGCUGCGCGUCAGCCGCUGGCACCCUCUCACCUCGAAUGUCACUCCCCUCCGCCCCCCGAACCCUCCCCCUCAGACCCGUCCUGCGGACCGGUGCCUGCCCAGCCUCCGCCCACGGCAUUGCUGUCGCCGCCAGCUGUGGACACGACAACGGUCAUUGAAAUUUCGGACUCUGACUGA